GUGGAAGGGGUCUUAAAGAAAAAGCUGCUUGUUUUAUAACGCGUUCACUGCAUUUUUAAAAUAUAAAAAUAUUGUUAUCACUAAGCAAAAUAUGAACAAUAUAUCUAUUAACAAAGAAGAUAAUUAGAAUAGCUUUACUUACUCACAAGAUAGGAAGAAAACAUUUCCUUUUUAUAUUUUUUAAGUGGUCAAGCCUUCUGUUUUCGCAUCAAAAAGCGACCAACGUCGUUUUAAAGCGUCUGUCAACAGGAAAAUACAUGUGUGUAAAAGCAGAGAACUGUGGCUAAUAUCUUUGAUACCUUGGAGAUGAGGAAGGUGAUGGCUCUAGCAACGAGUCUCGAUCCAAAGUAUUGUUGGCUAAGCUUCAGAGGAAGACCAAAGUCAAGGAGCAACAGAGCUUGGCAUGUCAAGGGGAACAUAAGUCAAAAACAAUAGUUCAGAAUGACAGGGACACCUCUGCGAAGAAGAAAAUAAAAAACAAGGGAGACAACCUCGAGGAGACAAAACGCCCAAAGAAGAGGAAAGAGCAAGUAAACCAACAUGUCUCCACCUGACCCUGAAGAACUUUCCAAAGGUGAUAAUGCAUGCAAAGAAGAAAAAUGCUACAAAAAAUAUACAACUAACAAAAGACAAAGAUGGGAUGAUUUUGAGAAAAAGAUUAUUCAAAAGGUACAAAGAGUCCUGCCCCAGUGGCUUACUGAGCCAGAUGUGAUCCAGAGAGAUAUUACAAGCAACCUAGUCCCCAUCAGUGAUGUCCCAGGAAUUUGUACUAGACUGCAACGGAAAUUGGAGGGCAAUGGAAUUCAGCACCUCUUUCCAGGUUAGCAGGCAUGAAGGAGUAGAAGUUAAAAUCUGUUUUGCUGUCAUAAUAUGGGGGGGGGUACUCAAAUUCUAUUGUGUCCACUGUGCAGUACAUGUAGAGGUCAUCCCAGUCAUUUUAGAGAAUGUCUCAUGGUCUGUUGAUCGGAAGAGGGGCUACAAACCCAGAAACAUUUGUGUGUCAGCACCAACGGGGAGUGGCAAGACUGGCAUUCGUUAUACCUGUUAUUCAGGCACUGAUGGGGCGAGGUUUAUGUGACAUCCGUGUUUUGACAGUGUUGCCCACCAAAGAGCUUGCACAGCAGGUUUGAAAAGUAUUCAGUUCAUAUGCGGAGGGCACCAGCUUGAAAGUGGUUAUAAUCGCUGGUCAAAAGUUUUUUGCCAAAGAGCAGGCAUCGCUCUCUGAAACCUAGUCAAGACACAUCAAGGUCUUUCUUCCUUGAGGUGGAACAAGCCACAGUUUGGCAGACAUUGUUGUCGCAACCCCUGGGAGACUGGUUGAUCACAUCAAUAAGUUUGGAACACCUCCGCUUCCUUGUGGGUCACUAAUACAAAUCAUUGAUGAGGCAGACCGGAUGAUUGACAGCAUGCACCAGUCUUGGCUCAGUCAGGUGACCAAGGCAGUUUACAGAUCCAAGAGGGGUUCUGAAGCAGUCUAGAUCUUCAAGAGGACAGAGCCUGCACUUAUCACUGCAGCGAGGUUCCCGAGUUUGGGACAGGAGGCUGUCAUGUCUUUUUCUCCUGACGUCUUUUCUUCUGCUGCUCAGCAAGGGGGAGAGAAUGUGCCCAGCAAGUUGUCGCUGCGAAGGAAAGAUUGUUUAUUGCGAGUCUGGCAUUUUUCAAGACAUUCCAGAAAACAUCUCUACUGGAUGCCAGGGUCUGUCCCUGCGCUUCAACCGCUUAGCGACUCUGCUGCCUUACCAAUUCGCUCAUCUCAACCAGCUCAUCUGGCUCUACCUGGACCACAAUUCCAUCACCGCCAUAGAUAGCUUAGCCUUUCAGGGCGUGCGUAGGCUCAAAGAACUGAUUCUUAGCUCCAACAAGAUCACACUUUUACACAAUAAGGCUUUCAAUGCUGUACCAAACCUGCGCAGUCUUGAUUUUUCCUACAACCAGCUACACUCUUUGCAGCCAGGUCAUUUCUAUGGUCUGCGUAAGCUCCAAAACCUUCACCUACGGUCCAAUGGUCUCAGCAGUAUACCUGUACGGACUUUUCUGGAGUGUCGCAGCCUGGAGUUCCUGGACCUGGGUUACAAUCACCUACGCACCCUAUUCCGCACCACCUUCUUGGGGCUGUUCAAGUUGAAAGAGCUUCAUCUGGAGCAUAAUCAAUUUUCAAGGAUUAAUUUGUUCCUUUUCCCACGCCUUAGCAAUCUACAGGUCCUCUACUUGCAAUGGAACCGGAUACGAGCCGUCAAUCAGGGCCUGCCAUGGAUCUGGCAUACACUGCAGAAAUUAGACCUCUCAGGAAAUGACAUCCAGAUCCUGGACCCAGCUGUUUUCCAGUGUAUGCCAAACUUACAAAUACUCCAUCUUGAAUCCAACAAGCUGAGCAACAUGUCUCAGGAUGUGGUUUCAGCCUGGGUCUCCCUCACCACCAUCAGCCUGGUGGGUAAUGCCUGGGACUGCAGCCCUACCAUCUGCCCCCUGGUGACCUGGCUGAAGAACUUCAGAGGCUCAAAGGACAUCAAAAUGAUAUGCAGCAGCCCCAAGUCAGUUCAGGGAGACAGAGUAAUGGACAUAGUGAGGAACUACACACGCUACCCCAAUAGCAUGAGGCAGCUGCAGCAGCACUCAGUCAACCGCAAGCACAGAAAAAAGGCCCGGAAGCAGAAGCUUAACCUUAACUCUCAGUUACAAGAGUAUUAUUUGACUUAUACAAACUCUCAGACCAUGGAUGCAUUGACACCUAAUUCAGCUCCCUCCAUGCUGUGUCUGCUUGUGUUGGUGUGGGAGGGUCAUGUGUUCAUGCUGUGUAACAGGCAAGGGAAAGAACAGGGGCGACAGCCACUCAGCAAACAGCUGGGACGCGGGAACCUGACAGACCAGCUGAGGCAGAGGAGCCUGGAGAUCCAGGUUGAGGCACGAGAGCCUGAUGAGCUGGUGGACACAGGGGAGCCUGGCAAUCCGACGAAGGCAUGA